UCACUCAUAUUUGACAUGAGAAAUUGACAAUACCGAAAUCAAGGUACUGAAAUACACAAUCCACAUUCCAUUCUACAGGAAAUCAAAAUUGUUGUUUGUUGUGGUUUUUCUUUUGGUGAAGAAUUUUAUUAAUAAUGGCAAAAACCACAAAUACUAAAGCAGUUUUCCUAGAUGUGGACUCCAGCAUCGUUGAAAAAAAUCUGCGUUUCACAGAUUCUAAUGAAGAGGAAAUUACUAAAAUAUUUGGAGCACAAGAGUUCCCUUCCAAACUAGUGAAACCAAUCCCAGGAUUUUGCGUCAAAACCAAAGAAGCAUCCACCGGUUGCAAAGUUUUCGUGAAUGUAUGCCAAACCGAUGCUAUACCCCCACCCAAAGACAUUUCCACUCAGCAACUGAGAGACUGCCUGAACUCUGAGGAUCCGGGGGACUAUAGGGUCCCUAUGAGCAUAGGGGAAAUCAGAACCGAACCAGAUAAGAAGGGACAGGAUUCCAAAACGUGCGACAUCGCCAUACACCCGGAUUUUUUCAAAAAAUCGAACACCACGACGAAUUCAAAAGCUUCUUUUUCGCUAUCGUCUUCCAGGGUAUCGAAGACAAGUAUGGUAUCGUUUGCGAGGACGAGAAGACCGUAUUGAAAAAUAGAAAAGCCUUCGGAACACUACAGACACAUAGAAUUCAACAGAGGGAAAUCAGUAAAAAGAUGGCCGAGAAUAGACAGCCAUCUCUGAUUGGCGAGAUCGAAGGCACAGAGAAUAAAAAAGUUGUGAUUGAAACAAUUUCCAGCACUGAAAAUGAACCAAGGGAGCCAGAAUAUCGCCUGUACAAAAAAAGUGGCCAGAAUUGUUUGUAUGGAGAGUUCAGAUUACCUGAUGUGUUAUCUUCCAAAGAACUCACUCUGGAUAUUGGCGAAGAUAGAUUGCUUCUUGAAUCAAAGACUAGGGGUUACUUGAUCGACAUUUUCGUUCCAUACAUCGUCAAACAAAAGGGUUGUUCGUCUUCUUUCAACAACUCCAGAAAAGUAUUAACGGUAACAAUGCCACUCGUUGGAGGCUGAUAAAAUAAACGUAAGUUGCUGUUGAAUGAAGUUACAUUGAGUACUUUAAGCGUUGAAGUUUCAUCAUUAUAUCUCAAGAACACUUUUUCCCGAGAAUAUUAGUUAUAAAAUGAUUGUUUUUUCGUAACUGAAAUAUUAAAAUUAUUCCACUAACUUCAUAGCUUCAUUUAGCUCAGUAUAUCCCCAUGUGAUAAAUAAGUUGAAGCUCUAUUUAAAAUGACUGUCUUUAUAUAAUAUCAAUCAUAAUGAGAUUAAACAGGGUGUCCCUGAAAGAUCUGCACAACAUCUCAAAACAUAUUCCUGAGGUCAAAAUAAUCUGAUUUGAAGCAACUCACCUCAGUCCUGAAUUGUAGUGAUUGUUCCGAUUCCGAAAUACAGAAUUGUGAAUUUGAAAAAUAUAAAUCGAGUUUUUCAGAAUUUAUGAAAAUCUUUCUCCUCAAAAAUUGGUAUCCGGUGGUUUUUUGGUAUGCGAGACCUGAAUUAGGACAUGUUUUCACUGUGGCCAUCAGAGGGUGCUUACCAAUGCACUCCUUAUGGUUUAGAAUCGCCAUAACUCUUUUGUCAGUGUAGUUUCUAAUUUUUUUCGUUGAGGAGAUAAGUUUCGGAACAUU